GUGCAAAGUUGUCGUUCUCGCGGUGUUUUGCUGAUGGCAGUGUCAGAGUGUCAACAGUCAACAACGAGCAGCAGCAGAGUCGGAGCAGGGAGGGGGGAGUAAAGCGGCUGUUCAAACGUCGAACAUUUGUCUGAGAUGGGGGAUGAUCGACCUUUUGUAUGCACUGCCCCUGGAUGUGGGCAGAGAUUCACAAAUGAAGACCACUUGUCAGUCCACAAACACAAGCAUGAAAUGACAUUAAAAUUUGGGCCUGCCAGAACAGACUCUGUCAUCAUCGCAGACCAGACCCCCACACCCACACGUUUCCUGAAGAACUGUGAGGAGGUUGGACUAUUCAAUGAGCUGGCCAGCUCCUUUGAACAGGAGUUUUGCAAAGCACACGAAGACGAGCAGAGGACAAAACACCCGGCUGCACCUUUACAAACACCAUCUGAAGUGAAAGACGAGGAUGAGGGUCCUUUACAAGUUGAUUCGUCCUCCCCUGGAAGUCCAGAUUCCUCGUCCAGUAUGUCAGAUGACAGCGGGGACUCAAGGGUGAGAGGCAAGGAGAUCAACACAAAACCUGUGGCAAGUUCUACCCCCACUCCAACCAUUGUGCGUCCAGGUUCUCUUCCCCUUCACCUGAGUAAUGACUCUCUUCACCCAACUCUGCCAUCUCCAACAUCUGUCAUCACACAAGCUCCACCCUCCAACAGACAGCUUGGCUCCCCAACAAGCGCUUAUCCAUUGGUGAGGCACCUCCCCAAUGGACAGACAGUCCCUCUCCUGCCCAGUCCUGUGCAGAUGACCUCCGUUAUAUCUCUUGCGAGGCCGGUGAACUCAGUGCCUAACAUCCCUGGGAUUCCAGGACCUCCAGUUGGCGGGGCCAGCAGCGGGUCAUCCUCCCCGUCUGGGUAUAGUCUACACUCGGAGACCAAGAUGCGGCUGAAGGCAGCUCUAACUCAUCAGGGCACAGGAGCACAAGAUGGAGCUGGUGGAGGUGCAGGAUCCAUCCCUGCUGUCCCCCAGCGGCAGGAACAGAGCCAGCAACCCUCUCAAAACUCUGAUGCACCAUCACCUGCCCAACCCCAGGUGUCCCCUGCUCAGCCAACAGGAGGCCGGCGGCGGCGAGCUACAGAAAUGGACCCUGACGAGAGGAGGCAGCGUUUCCUGGAGAGAAACCGAGCGGCCGCCUCCCGCUGCAGGCAAAAACGAAAGCUGUGGGUUAACUCUUUGGAGAAAAAGGCAGAUGAUCUUGCCAACAUGAAUGUCUCCCUGUCGAAUGAAGUAAGUCUACUGAGGAAUGAGGUGGCACAGCUGAAGCAGCUCCUCCUGGCCCACAAAGACUGCCCUGUCACUGUAAUGCAGAAGAAGGCAGCUUUCUUAGCUGCAGGAGGAGAGGAAACCUCCAGGGAUACUUCCACUGAACCCAUUGGCUCCCCGGCGGCAGUUAUCCAGCACGGGCCGUCACCCCCCGCCUCGGCCUCCAGUCCGGGGACCACCAUCAACGGGCUGAGCGUUCGCGCUGCAGAGGCGGUGGCUAUGUCAGUUUUGGCCGGCAUGGGAUCUGGUCAGCCGGGAGGGAUCGUCAUGGCGACGCAGUCGCAGUCGGCCCCAAGAUGAUGCGCUGACGUGGGAAGCCAGUAUAAACUCGAGUGGCAUUUGGAGGCUGGACUGGUGCAGAGUGUUUGAAAAGAGGGACCGGCCCUCAACCCUCAACCCAGACUAAGAUACUCUCCUCCCCUCACAGCCAACGAUAAUCACACAAAGACACGGCACAGUGCCUCUGUCAACCCUCCAGUCCCAGCAGGCUCCCCUUUCAGAGAAGCUUCGUCACUCUCUGUAUGUAAAUAUGAAUUACACGUCGGACACUCACUGCAGGGUUUGGGGUCAUUUCUUGUUCAGUUAUGACGGUUGUAAAAGGUUUUAGAUUGGGAUGAAACGUAUGAAUGAAAAUGUCUCCUUUAUCUUUUAUUUUCAUUUUACUUAAAAAUGCAGCUUCAGUCCAACUUUGUCCCAUACACUGGCUGUGAUGAGGUUGGUUGCUUUCCAGACUGAUAAUUUUACUUGUAUUUUUCAGUUGUAAGAAAAGAUUUGUAUGCCUGAUACUGGUUAUUGACGUCAUGUUUUACCGAUGAGGUGAAAGUACGGUGAGAGAUUGUCUAGUGGAUUGCAGUAAAGGCAGCCUGGAAAGUGUUGCUAAUGCUCUCUCUUGUUUACUUUUAAACCUGUCCUGUUCAUUUUCUGUCUGUUUCCCUUUUGAGGUAAUUCUCCUUAAAUAUACAUGAUGGUUUAGUCAGCUGAGUGCAUAACAAACCAAAUUGUCAGUGUGUACGCAGUUUACCCUGAGUGUGUGUGUGCCUGAAUUUUUUUUUUUUUUUUUACCACCCUUUUUUAAGCCAUUUGGUCAUUACAUUAGUCGUAUGUAUCAAACCCUAUUGACUGCAUGGAUUACUCAAGGCUGAAGAAUACCACUGUUUGUUUGUGCUUCAUCAUACUAUCACUGUUUAUUGAUCUGCUUUUCUUCUGUUUUAUAACAUGAACAUAUUGAUGCAAAAAUUGUCCUUGUUAUGUAAGGAUUCCAUCCUCAGUCCUAAUGUAACACUUGAAAUGGUUAGCUUUAGAGGGCCUUUAAAUGAUAAUCAAACAUAAUAGAUUUUAAAUCAUUCACCCUGGCAUUUCAGUUGAGGAAAGAGUAGUGCAAUAUAUUUUUCUAUUGAAUAUCAAUGUUCUUGCAUAUAGUUGACAUGUGUAGCCCAGCUGCUGAGAGGGGUUUGGUCUAUUUCAGUUGAAAACUAAAGUUAUGAGGUGACCAGAGAAAUGUGAAUGAAUGAGAUUGGUGAUAAGAGCUCUUCUGUAAAGAAUUACAGAUGUCCUAGUCUUGGGUGCUUUCCAACAUUUGAAAAGCCGUCUUGUAUCAUGAAGUAGACUUAAUACUUGUGCAAGGUGCUUCUUUUGAAAUUUAAGUUUUAAAAUGCAGAUUAUUUUAUACCGUAUUGUACUUCCAAGACUAUCAUGUUGUUUUUUCCCCUCGUGUGUCUUGUUUAUUUUUAUAACAUGUCAUUGUUUUAAGAUGUUUAUUUGUUUUUCUGUGGGCAUGUUAAGCUUUUUUCCAUUGUGUGAUGGUAUGUCCCUUUUUAUUUUGUUAAAGAGGGUCCCUUUUAUUUGUUUAACAGAGGUUAAACCACACGGGGAAAAAAUAUCUCAAAUGGAGUGAGUUUGUCAAAUACUCAGGCCUCAAGGUGGGAAAAAUUACUUGUGUAUAGUCUCAACUAAUGAAUAAGUUGUCUCGGCAAAUAAUAAAAUAAAUUAAUUAAAAAGGAAAGCUCA